CUCUAAACCCUCUCGUUUCUCUCUCUCUCCCUCUUCACCUGCACCAUAUCUCUGCCCCGGCGAAGCUAGCCGUCUCUCUCCAACCGUAUCGCGCCGGAGGUUUUGGAUCUUCUCAGUAAUCAGAACGGAUCAUUGUGUUACGCUAGACCAUUGAAUCUGAUUAGACCUGGUGAAUCGAAUUAGUUUUAAGAGUUGUUAAGAGUCAUGAAGAAGCUUAUAUCACUUGUCAGGAACCUUCACUCUCGCCAAUGCGAAUCCAAACUAAACUGGUCUGCGCAAGUGCGUUUCUUGCAGCAAGACACUGUCUCCAAACCUAAACCCAAGAAAUACAAAUACCCAUCAUUUUACGAUCCCUACGGUCCGAGACCCCAGCCUUCAAGCAAGAUCGUGGAGCUAGCUGAGCGUAUAGCUGCACUGUCUCCAGAGGAGCGGAAACAGAUCGGUCCCGCACUCAACGAACACCUGAGGCUUCCUAAACAACAGAUGAUUUCAUCCCAAGGCAUGAGUGUGGGAGCGAAACAGGAGGCUGGAGGAGCGAAAGUUGAGGAGAAGAAGGAGAAGACGUCUUUCGAUGUGAAGCUGGAGAAGUUUGAUACUGCUGCGAAGAUCAAAGUGAUCAAAGAAGUGAGAGCGUUCACGAGUUUGGGUCUCAAGGAGGCGAAGGAGCUUGUGGAGAAAGUGCCUGUGGUGAUUAAACAAGGUCUGACGAAGGAAGAAGCUAAUGGAAUCAUAGAGAAGAUCAAAGCUGUAGGUGGAGUCGCGGUUAUGGAGUAAGUGACUUUGAACACUUAUGUUUUUUUUUUCUUGUGUUUGGUUACAUCUUGGCACUUGCAAUGUAAUAACAAAUCAGUUAAACCAUUACAAGAACUUGGUUUUGAAUUUAAACUGUGUUUGGUUUA